AUGAGGUCUCUUCUCCCCCUCCUCUCCCUGGCCACCAUGGCCCGGGCUCUCUAUUUCUACGUCGACGUGACAACACCCAAGUGCUUCUUCGAGGAGCUCCCCAAGGACACCCUGGUGGUGGGCCACUACUCAGCCGAGGAAUGGAACGACCAGAGGCACAUGUGGGAAAAGCACGAUGGCAUCAGCAUCUACAUCUCCGUUGAUGAAAUCUUCGACAACGACCACCGCGUCGUCUCGCAGCGCGGCGGCUCCUCGGGCAAGUUCACUUUCACGGCGGCCGAGUCGGGCGACCACAAGCUCUGCUUUACGCCCUCGUCGAGCAGCGGCCGGUCCAACUGGCUCUCGGUAUCCUCCCCCAACGGCGGCAUCCGCCUGACGCUGGACGUGGCCAUUGGCGAGACCAGCGCCCUCGACGGCGCCGACAAGGGCAAGAUCCAGGACCUGGCGACGCGCGUGAAGGACCUGAACGCGCGGUUGAACGAUAUUCGGAGGGAGCAGGUUUUCCAGCGGGAACGCGAAGCCGAGUUCCGCGAUCAAUCCGAGAGCACCAACGCGCGUGUGGUCCGAUGGAUCCUGAUCCAGCUCGUCGUGCUCGGCGUGACGUGCGCCUGGCAGCUGUCCCACCUGCGGUCCUUCUUCAUCAAGCAGAAGCUUACAUAG